AGGGAAGCGAGCCAAACAGUACCGGUUUGACGCUAAUGCUAAUGGCCGCAGAAGGGUGAAGCAGCACUCCGACGAUGGCAGGGGUGUUUGAGGUGGAGGUUGAUGGCGUGGAGCACGACCACGGACAUGGGCACCACGAUGAACCGCACCAGAUUGACUUGUCCAAGCUCUCACCAGAAGAAAAGUGGAGGGUGGAGCAUGCAAGAAUGCACGCCAAACACAAAGGCCAUGAGGCCAUGCAUGCAGAGAUGGUGCUCAUCCUCAUUGUCACCCUGGUCGUCGCCCAGCUAGUCCUUGUGCAGUGGAAACAGAGACAUACAAAGUCAUACAAUCUGGUGACUCUGUUCCAGAUGUGGGUAGUUCCUCUCUACUUUACUACCAAACUCCACUGGUGGAGGUUCCUGACCACCUGGUUUAUCUUCUCUGUCAUCACAGCCUACAUUUCCUACCGUGCCACUCGCAAGCCACUGGCCUGCACCACACCGAGGUUGGUGUAUAAGUGGUUUCUCCUUCUCUACAAAAUCAGCUAUGCUACAGGAAUAGUUGGUUACAGUGUCAUCAUGUUUACACUUUUUGGUAUCAACCUAAUUUUCAGGAUAAAGCCAGAGGAUGCCAUGGACUUUGGUGUUUCUUUACUAUUCUACGGUCUGUACUACGGGGUCCUGGGGAGGGACUUUGCAGAAAUGUGUGCAGACUUCAUGGCCUCAACCGUUGGGUAUUACAGCGCAUCCGGCAUGCCAACCAAGCACCUCUCUGACAAUAUCUGUGCUGUGUGCGGUCAGCCCAUCCUCGUAGACGUCAGUGAGGAAGGGAUUAUUGAGAACACAUACAGAUUAUCCUGCAACCAUGUGUUCCAUGAGUUCUGCAUAAGAGGAUGGUGUAUCGUCGGAAAGAAGCAGAUGUGCCCUUACUGCAAGGAGAAGGUGGAUCUGAAGAGGAUGUUCAGUAACCCGUGGGAGAGGCCACAUGUCAUGUAUGGACAACUUUUGGACUGGCUUCGGUACUUGGUGGCCUGGCAGCCUGUUAUUAUAGGAUUUGUGCAAGGUAUCAACUAUGUCCUGGGUCUGGAGUGACCUGUGACUGUCAGAAAAGGACAUACACGCAACACAUAGAAGAUGUGCACUGGCUCGAAAAGACUGUGGGCCUAACAUUGAACUAAAAACAACAAUAAAAAGUGUCUAUACUUUUUUUGUAUGUAUUUAUAGGCACAUUGUCUGCGUUUACGGAUUAUUUGAAUUUUAUUAGCAAUUUGAAAUUUGAUGUCUGUGUCUCCCAAGAUUUGCUUUACACCAGCGUUACACCUUAAUAAUUGGUUUGUGCAUAUUACAGUCUAGUAAAGCGGUUUUUCGAAAUCAUUAGAGAGGUUUUUAAUCUGUCUUAAGUGUGUGUUAAUAGUUAAAGGAUCAUGCUGGUUUUUUUCUUCCUCAUGUUGAUCACAUGAGAAAUAAAUACUUUACCGAAAUAGUUUAAA